AUGGCCGAAACGAUAGACCGCACCGUCAUCGUGGCGUCCACGAACCCUCUCAAGCUCCAGGCAGCCCAGGACGGCUUCACCCGCAUGUUCCCCGACGGCAAUUUCACCUUUCACGGCCGCAGCGUCGGCUCCGGCGUGCCGGACCAACCCCUCACCGACCAAGAGACCCUACAGGGCGCCCUCAACCGGGCCCGCAACGCGCAGCGGCUCGAACCGGCGGCCACGUACUGGAUCGGGCUCGAGGGCGGCGUGCACACCGUCGACGGCGAGACGCAGGCGUUUGCGUGGAUCGUGGUGCUGGGGCGCGACGGCGCGAUGGGCCGGGCGCGCACGGGGACCUUUUUCCUGCCGCAGGAGACGACCAAGCUGCUGCGCAGCGGCCUGGAGCUGGGCGACGCGGACAACCGGCUCUACAACAAGACAAACUCGAAGCACCAGACGGGCACCGUGGGCAUCCUGACGGGGGACCUCAUCACGCGGCGAAGCUACUAUGCCGAAGCAGUCGUCCUGGCGCUGAUUCCGUUUAGGAAUACACAGUUGGCGUUUGGAAAGGAGCAAGCUGGCGACGGUUCGGCGCCGGAUCAACCUCUCGCGCUGGACGAAUAG